CAACUAGCCACAACCAGCCUCGGCCUAGCGCGGUGGCUCCACUUCUUUUUUUGACGAAGUUUGGCAGUCGAGGUCUGCGUGAAGCAAACGCUGCAGCCCCUCCGCUCGCAUACCGCCCGCCCACCGUUUCCCGCCAUGGCCGCCGAAGUACAGCUGCUCCAGGACGUGAAGCUGCCCAAGGGCCCGUCCACGAUCACUUCCGAGCAACAGUACUGGAAUUCAUUCACCUCGGAGUUGCGCCUCGACCCGUCGCAGCACUCGUCGCCGGUCACGCACAUUUCGAUCCCGCCGCCGCCCUCGAACUCGCUCACUGCGCCGCAGGACCUGUUCGCCGUCACUACCGGGUCACGUGUGCAGAUCUUCUCGUCCAAGACCCGCAAGGUCGUCAAGACCAUCUCGCGCUUUGGCGUCGAUGACAUUGCGCGCUCGGGAAACCUCCGUCGAGAUGGCCGCAUAUUAGUUGCGGGCGGUGACAGCGGCUCGAUCCAGGCGUUCGACGUGAAGAGCCGGGCCAUCUUGAAGACAUGGAAGGAGCACAAGCAGCCCGUCUGGACGACAGAAUGGAACCCAUCCGAGCUCACGAGCCUCAUGAGCUGCUCCGACGACCGCACAGUGCGCCUGUGGGAUCUUCCCAGCGACACAAGCGUCACCACCUUCGAGGGACACCAGGACUAUGUGCGCACCGGUACCUUCAUGCCUGCGCAGUCGGGUCUGCUCGUCUCUGGGUCCUACGACCAGACCGUCCGCCUCUGGGAUGCCCGUGCCGGUGGCAAGGCGGUCAUGGUCUUCAAGCACCAGCACCCCAUCGAGACGGUUCUCCCUAUGCCCUCUGGUACUGCUGUCCUUGCAACAAGCGACAACGCCAUCUCUGUGCUGGACAUCGUCGCCGCGAAGCCAAUCCACAUGCUGCGCAAUCACCAGAAGACCGUCACAGCCCUCUCUCUUGCAAACAACGGCUCGCGCCUGCUCUCCGGCUCUCUUGACGGCCACGUCAAGGUCUUCGAGACCUCGGGCUGGAACGUUGUCGGCGGCCUGAAGUAUCCCUCCCCGAUCCUGUCCCUCGCCGUCGUCCCCAGCCAGAAGGAAGACAAGCACAUCGCUGUCGGUCUCUCCUCUGGUAUUCUGUCGAUCCGCACCCAUCUGAGCGGCGAACAGAAGGCGCUUGCUCGUGAGCGCGAGAAGGAGAUGAAGGCUCUGAUGGAAGGCAAGAUUGACGAAUAUGACCGCGCGAAGAAGCGCAAGCGCGGAAAGGGCUGGGAGAAGCGCGUCCGUGGCAAGGACUUCACGGGUGAGAGCGCAGACAUUGUCAUCGAGGGCAACGCACGUGGGAAAGUCACGACCGGAGCGCCCUGGGCGCACGCGCUGCGACAGGCUCAGUAUGCAAAGGCGCUGGAUAUGGUGCUCGAGUCCAAGGACAACAAUGCGCGUACGCAGUCCCUCUCCCUCCUGACCGCCCUUCGCCACCGCUCCGCCCUUCGUUCCGCGCUCGCAAACCGCGACGAGAUAACACUGCAGCCGAUCCUGCGCUGGCUCAUCAAAAAUAUCUCCGACUACCGCAUCACCCGCCUGACCACCGACGUUGCCCUCGUGGUUUUGGACCUGUACGCCGACCAGCUGGGCCGCAGUGAGGAAAUUGAUUCUCUGGUCGACGCACUGAUGAGCCGGGUACGAGUCACAGUCGAAGCCAGUCAGAUAGCGUGGAGCGUGCAAGGCAUGGUCGACAUGCUGACGGCGAGCGCGGGAGGCGAUAGCGUCGCCGAGGCAUGACAAUAAAGGUUGGCUAGGGAUGUUUCACUUGCAUAGCGAUGGCGUUUGGUGUGGCAUACUUCAAAAGUUGGAUGUUAGAUAUACCCGGAUGAAGCAAGUCGCGCUUUAGAUGAUGGGACGAAGCAAUGUACAACGUUCGGUAUGAUCUUGUGUGCAUACAGCUGGCCGUGCCGUUUUGCAAGGGGCAGAGAAUUGUAAAAUUGCUGCAGUUCAAGGUUGAUGUUAGCCCGAGGUACUGGGGCUGAAACGCGUGGUCGAGCAAAUGACGCGGUUCCGAG